AUGUUCUUCUCGCCAGAGCUCCUGGAGCGCAGAGACAGCGGGUAUGGUCUCCUCUGGCUGGCGGCGACCCUCGGAGCCAAGUCGUCUUUCAGGAAGCUGCCCAAGCGUUCCGUCUUGACUGCCGACAUCUCGCAACUAUGUGACCUCAUAGCAGAGCCCGCAGAGCCACUCGCGCUCCGUCUGUCGAGUAAUCUCAUGAUCGGUGUUGCUCGCGUCUACAAAGUCAAGCAGGAAAUAUUUUAUACAGACGUAACGACAUGCUUCAAUGCGCUCAAGAAGGCUGUGCAAGAUCUGAGCACCAUGUCUGCAAGCGCGGCGCAACUACAAAUGGGUCAACCCGCUAUGCGCGCCGAAGCUCUAACCCUGACGGCGGAUCCCGGUGCUGCAUUUGGAAUGGAUUUCGACAGCAUUUUCGUUGUGGGCUGGGAGGGAUCGACGCAGCAAGCUCGGGAGGAAGCAGGCAACGAAGACGACGACGACGCGGACUUUGACCCCAGGUUCAAGAAGCCCAAACCGAAGGGGAAGGGGAAACAGAAGGACGCUCCCUCAUCUGUGAUCAUGGAGCACGGCCGUGGACUGCACACACUCGAUGAACACCACAGCCAUCUUCUCGCUGACUCGUUCGGUGGUUCGAUUGGAGGGAGUGCGCUGGGCGGCGCGGGUCCAUCCUCGUCACAGUUCGAUAUGGGCUUUGGACUCGGCUUCGACGACAAUGUGUUCGCUCUCCCGGAGGGUGCCGGGGACGCUGACAUCGGCGACGAGCUGGCGCGCGAGCUCGGCGAGGGUUGGGGCGCUUCAGCGCUCCAGGGAGCUCAAGAACCAAACCCUUUUGACCUCGCUCAGGAUGAGGACAUCUUUGGUCUGGGUGGAAAUGCGGGCGAAGACUUUAGGUUUGACGCACAGGACGCGGGGAUGCACCCUCCGGACGGCGCUACUUCGCCCGGCUUCCAUGACAGGGGAAGUCUUCCUCCUGCGGGCACGGUGAUCGUCCCCCUUGCACCCUUCAGCCCUCAUGGAUCCGACGGCCUUGCUGAAGCUGCGCAAAUCGAUCUCGCCGGACAACCGGUUGUCCGUAAGGCUAAGCGUGUUAGACUGUUGCUUGAUGCUAGGACGGAGCUUACGGACGAUGAGCUGAAGAUGGCUCGGGCGAACUACGUGCAGGAACAGGAACAUCUCAAGCGCGAGGCCGCCCAGAAGAAGCUCGAGAAAGACAAUAGCAAGCUCAUUGAAGAGAUGAUUUACGGCGCACCGAAGGGCGUGGAAGCCCCUGUGCUCAUAGACUUCUGGCUCGAGAACUUCAGACUGCAGGUCGGAGCACGUUCGGGAGAACUGCGCCUGGAUGUGCAGGGGGAGCCACCAAUGAAACGGCGUAGAAUCUCGGACGCAGGACCCACAGGCGAAUACGAGGGGGAGGGCCGCUUGGACGAUCUCCCCAUGGACGUCGACCAAGACAUGGGGUAUCGCAUGGGAGGGGACUUCGCUGACUACCAAAAUCCCGCGGACGAUCUUAAUUUCGAUUCUCGUAUGCGGUCGUCUGAGGAACCUGGUCAAGCGCGUCGCGGUUCCCGCCCGCCUUCCGCCCUGGGCUUGGGCUUCGACUUCGACCUCCGCCCGACGCAAGACAACGUCUCCGCAUCUCAGCGCAGCGCCUUCUUCCCAUGGGACCAUGCCGGGGCGAGUUCCUCCGUCGCCGGCGCGCCAUUCGACUUCGACGGCAGCGAUGGGUUCAGCGCUUUGCGUCCCGCCAGCAAGAGGGGCGUCUCGGUUGGGAGCAGACGCGACAGUCUAAUGCUGCCUGGCGGCGGCAUGAGUGUCCCUCCGUCUCCGGCUGAUCUGGGCUUGAGAAACUCGCUGGCCGGUGGAGAGGAUUUCCAAUUCAACGUGCCCGAAGAGGAGGUCAUCGAAGAGUCUCAACAGUCGAAUAUCCUGACCCUCGAGCGCAACUCGUUCAAUUUCUUAGAAUACGCGAAGGUCCAACUCAGUGCUUACCCUUCCGCGACUUCCGAAGUCCAGUUCGACGAUAUUGUCCCGAAAGCCACCAGUACGCGCCGUGUGGCUGCCGCUGCCUUCUACCACUGCCUGGUGCUCUCGACCAAGAAUUUGAUGAAUGUCAGGCAGGACAAGCCGUACGGAGCGCUGAACAUUCGGGUGAAGUGA